CCCGCCCCAGUUCGCAGAGGAAGGGGGGUGGAUCGUUCCCUGCCAGUGGGAGGGGUCGCAGCCCAACGUCCCCCUCCUCACCCGCCAACCCUGGGUUAAAUGCGGCCGUCGCCUCGGCUCGCUCCAGCUGCGUGGCAGUCCCCACCUAGCGCGAGUCCUCCCCGCGCCUUUACCUUGUCCAACUGCCCGGGAGGCUUCGUCCAUCGGCCCCGCACUGCAGCCGCGCCUCGGAGCUGUCCGGCAGGCUCAGGCUCUGACACCCGGUUCUUCCUCCCCCCAGAGCCAUGAGGGGCCUCCUAUGCUGGCCACUGCCCACGUUGCUGCUCCUUCUCUGGCCCUGGGAAACCCAGCUCCAGGUCACAGGUCCCAGGUGCCGAACUGGGCCCCUGGAUUUGGUGUUCGUGAUUGACAGCUCCCGCAGCGUGCGCCCCUUCGAGUUUGAGACGAUGCGACAGUUCUUAGUGGGCCUUCUCCGUGGCCUGGAUGUGGGACCCAAUGCCACGCGCGUCGGUGUGAUCCAAUAUUCGAGUCAAGUGCAGAGGGUCUUUCCGCUUGGCGCCUUCUCGCGCCGCGAGGACAUGGAGCGCGCCAUCCGCGCCCUGGUGCCGCUGGCGCAGGGCACCAUGACAGGGCUGGCCAUCCAGUACGCCAUGAAUGUGGCCUUCAGCGUGGCCGAGGGCGCGCGCCCGCUGGAGGCGCGCGUGCCGCGCAUCGCUGUCAUCGUGACCGACGGGCGGCCCCAGGACCGCGUGGCUGAGGUGGCGGCGCAGGCGCGCGCCCGCGGCAUCGAGAUCUAUGCUGUGGGGGUGCAGCGCGCGGACGUGGGCUCCCUGCGCACCAUGGCGUCGCCCCCGCUGGAUGAGCACGUCUUCCUCGUCGACUCCUUCGACCUUAUCCAAGAGUUUGGCCUGCAGUUCCAGGGCCGGCUGUGUGGCAAGAACCUGUGUGCUGAGGGGGGACACAACUGCCAGCACCAAUGUGUCAGCACUCCAGGCACAUUCCGCUGUGCCUGCAACCCUGGCUACCGGCUAGCAGCAGAUAACAAGAGCUGUUUGGCAAUUGACCUGUGCGCUGAAGGGACCCUUGGCUGUGACCACUACUGCGUCAGCUCCCUGGGCUCCUAUUUCUGUCGCUGCCGAGCUGGCUUUGUGCUCCAGAGAGACCAGAGGAGCUGCAGACUCAUCGAUCACUGCAGCUUUGGGAACCACAGCUGCCAGCAUGAAUGUGUCAGCACCCUUGGGGGGCCACGCUGCCACUGCAGAGAGGGCCACGACUUGCUGCCGGAUGGGAGGAGCUGUCAGCUCCGGGACCUUUGCAACCGUGUGGAUCAUGGCUGUGAGUUCCAGUGUGUGAGUGAGGGUCUCUCCUACCGCUGCCUGUGCCCCGAGGGGCGGCAGCUUCAGGCAGACGGCAAGAGCUGCGCUGGGUGCAGGGAAGGCCACGUGGACCUGGUUCUGCUCGUUGAUGGCUCCAAGAGCGUGCGGCCGCAGAAUUUCGAGCUGGUGAAGCGCUUCGUGAACCAGAUCGUGGACUUCUUGGACGUGUCCCCCGAGGGCGCGCGCGUGGGGCUGGUGCAGUUCUCGAGCCGCGUGCGCACCGAGUUCCCGCUGGGUCGCUACGGGACGGCUGCCGAGGUGAAGCAGGCGGUACUGGCGGUGGAGUACAUGGAGCGCGGCACCAUGACCGGGCUGGCGCUGCGCCACCUGGUGGAGCACAGCUUCUCCGAGGCGCAGGGAGCGCGGCCCCGCGCCCUCAACGUGCCUCGCGUCGGUCUCGUCUUCACCGACGGCCGCUCCCAGGAUGACAUCUCCGUGUGGGCCGCGCGGGCGAAGGAGGAAGGCAUCGUCAUGUACGCUGUGGGCGUGGGCAAGGCGGUGGAGGAGGAGCUGCGGGCGAUCGCCUCAGAGCCGGCUGAGCUGCACGUGUCCUACUCCCCGGACUUCAGUACCAUGACGCACCUGCUGGAGAACCUCAAAGGCAGCAUCUGCCCAGAGCCUCGUUACUCAAAGUGUGGUCCGCGGAACAGCAACAGAGGUCACCUGAUAGCUUCUGAGAACUGCCGCAGCAUCUCCAGAGGACUCCAGACCCCAGUGAAACAGAAUUUGCACUUUAACAGGACUCUCAGAGGAGGGCAUCGGCGCCGGGACCGAGCUUCGGAGCCCUUGCGAGUGCGAAAGCCUUGUGGAGUUCCAGGGCCGCACUCUGGGGACGCUUGAGAGCCUGACUCAGAACCUGGCCCAGCUGACGGCGCGCCUGGAGGAUCUGGAGAACCAGCUGACCAGCCAGAAGUGAGGCGGUCGGGAGCCCGGACUCGGGUUGGCACGACCCCGCGGAUGGUGCCCCCGCGCACGCCGUCGGGGCGCUCAGGCCCGGCAGAACUUGAGCCCCUCGGACUUGGGUGGUCGGGGAGGAGGCGCUGGCGGGCUCCCAGCGCUGCGCUCGAGCUGGCCUCGCCGGGACUGGACGCGGGACUGCGAGGGGCGCGCUAGAUCCGCACUCCCUCGCCGAGUGCUGCGCUGGGUUCU